AUGUCACCCGACCAAAUCCACGACCUACUGCUUACCUGUCUUGAGUCUACUUCCUUCCAAUGGCGAGGUAACUACUACAAGCAACAGGAGGGGGCAGCUAUGGGAUCACCCCUUUCACCUAUAGUUGCCAAUCUAUACAUGGAAGAAUUCGAGUCGACAGCCAUUCGAUCAUCGCCUCUCCUACCCAAGAUCUGGCUCAGAUAUGUAGAUGAUACAUUCGUCAUUUGGCAACAUGGUAGACGCAGCUUAGAAGAUUUUCUCCUUCAUCUCAACUCUCAUCACCCCAGAAUCACCUUCACGAUGGAGAAGGAGAAGAAUAACUCCAUACCUUUCUUGGAUGUUCUCGUUACACGCGAACCCAACAACCACAUAUCCCACCAAGUAUACCGCAAACCAACCCAUACUGAUAGGUAUCUUCACUUUAAAUCGUUCCACCACCCGUCUAUCCUACAGUCUGUUCCAAGAACAUUGGUCAAGAGGGCGCACUCUAUCAGCGAUGACAACCACCUGCAACGAGAACUAGAUCACAUCAAGUCGACACUCGUGACCAUAAACGGUUAUCCUCCACACAAGAUCAAGACCAGACCAACCUCUUCUCGUCCGAAGGAGCCCACCAAAGCUACGGUUGUCUUGCCUUACCUAGGUCCUACUUCCCACAAACUUCAACGCAUAUUCCGAGCAGCCAAAAUUGAAGUGAGACACCGAUCUUCCAACAAGUUACAUGCUGCCCUUUAUACUCAUAAGGACGUCAAACCCUCAGCGUCACGCCCUGGAGUAUACAGGAUACCAUGCUCUUGUGGAAAGGUAUACAUCGGUGAAACUGGACGCAACCUGACUACCAGACUCAAGGAACAUCAGAACAGCUACAACAAGGGGGAAUGGGAGAAGUCUGCGAUAGCCAAACAUGCUAACCAACUCCAACACAAGAUUCUAUGGGAGGACGCCAAGUUACUAACAUCAAUCAAGCACUGGCAUACCAGACGGGUACGAGAGGCCAUAGAGAUCACCCAACACGACACAGUACCACAAGACAGCGGCCUACUCAUCAACAAUAUUUGGAACCCACUGCUAAACAAGACUACCAAUCAAUAG